AUGUCGUUCAGGACAUUUAAUGCCUUGUGGGGCGAAGCUCAGGAUGAACUGACUGUUAUAUUGGAGAAAGAUCAAGAACUUCAAGGAACAUUUCAUCACGAUCAACGCGGGGAGGUGACGACGCGAGUGCGGCGGGUGUAUGUACAGUACCUAGGAGCUGCUAGGAAGCUUAGCACCUGCUAUGACCUCCUCCUGCACCCUCAGAAGCGCUUCCUGCUGCGUCGACUCCUCGACGCAACCAUCGGGAUCGUCGAGCUGAAGCACGAACUGGUGUCGCUGGAGCUGAGUGAUGUACACCACUGUGAUGACAUUAUGAUGGAGCUCAGUUUGACACCACAAGACCUGGUCGUCCCCAUCCCCGCCUACGUCAGGAGAGAGAGGCUGCCCAUCAUCACAGAGAGAAACGUGUUAAUAGACGAGUGUCUACGACGUGCGGGAUUGGAGGCAGUGUCUGAGGACGAGGUGUCGCCCCUCACCGUGUCAGAGGCCAUCCUGCUGCUGCAGAAGCAUGAGAGAGCUAAGCAAGGCAGGGCCAAGUCUGACCACCGUCGUGACCUCAUAGCUAAACAGGAACGUGAGCGAGGUAGAGGACGUCAGCAAGUGUCACUGGAGGUAGCAGUGGUGAGGCUGCAGGCGUGCACACGAGGCAUGCUAGCCAGGCGCAGAGUGCGUCAAAUGCGCUUCCAGGAGGAACUCUUCUUAGGUCUGCGUCCAGACCCAACACUGGAUCGAAGCUGGGACAAGAAGUUACUGAACGUCUACGAAGGCCGGUACCUCGCCCAGGAGGAGAGGACCACUGAGCUGGACAACCUUCAGAAACAUAUACAGACCAAGAUUGUCUAUGAAGAGGGAACCCACCUUCUUACCUCCAUGGAGGAUAAGAUACGUGAGUGGAUGUUUCAGAAGAAGCACGAGACUGGCAAAUUCCCGGACCUGCCGGAGGAGGAGGAGGGAGGGUCGUCAGUCAUCGUGGGUAUGGCUCGCCCUGAGGACGAUGCUGCCAGCGAUGACGCCAGGUCCCUGGAGAAGAAGAGCGAGAGAGAGAGAGCGAGGGAGCAAGCCAAACAGAAGAAGAAGAAGGAAGACGAGGAUAGGACCAUUGUGAUCAAGCCAUCCACCUUUGUUACGACUAUCCAGGGAGCGUGCGAACAGUAUCAGGAUGUGUGGGCAGGAAGGGACAUAGAGAAUAACCCCGAGGAACACCCUGAGAAGGACAUGAUCGAGGGUGAGCAGAGAGCCAGAGUCGAGGUGGAGAUCCGUCGACAAGUGGACUACCUCAUGAGACAAGAACUACAGCGACUGAAAGAGGAUGUUGAUGGGGAGAAGAGAGGAGCUAAGAAGAAGAAAAGAGUUAAGAAGGGAGGCAAGAAAGGAAGGAAGAGGAAGGAGAAGGAUCUGACCCCUGACAGGACAACAGAAUCUCUCUUUGAGGAGAUGGUCCUCAACGGUAUCAUCAAGAAGGUGCCUGAAGUGCGUCUUAGUGAGCUGUACGGUGAUGUGAGUCUAGUGGGAUGUGAGACCUUAAGCAAUACUAAGUAUCCUCAGCCCAGCCUCGGGGAUAUUAAGAACAUCCUCACUGAGUACGUCGUCCUCCCGCUAGGGGUGGAUGGGGUGCACGAGGAGACACCAUUGGUGAAAAGUGUGUUGCUAUGCGGACCUCGAGGGUGUGGCAAGACCCGCCUGGUACAUGCUCUAGCCUACGAGGCAGGAGCCACACUGAUGGACCUCACAGCCACCAACAUUGUGGGAAGAUACCCGGGCAGGGCCGGUCUCAGCAUGCUCACCCACCUCGUCAUGAAGGUUGGACGCUUGUUGCAGCCCACACUGAUCAUGAUUGAUGCUGCUGAUAAGAUGUUCAUCAAGAAGGUACCGAAGACAGACAAGUCUGAUCCUCGGAGGCUGAAGAAGGAGAUGCCGAGGAUGUUGAAGAGCAUUGGUCCUGAGGAUAAGAUAGUUCUGGUGGGCAUCACCAACGCGCCCUGGAACUGCGACGUCAAGGCAAUGUCUUCAGUAUACCAGAAGAUGUUGAUGGUGCUGCGACCUAGCUUCAGUGCCAGGGCCUACCUCUGGCGACACCUCAUCACCAAGAAUGGUGCCAAGCUGACACCCAGUCUUGACAUUAGUGGACUGUCUCGUAUCAGUGAUGGCUACACAUCUGGUCACAUCUGUAGUGUGGUCAGUCAGGUGGUGACGGAGCAGCGUCUGGCCAAGCAACACAAGACCCCACUAAACUCUCUGGAAUUCGUAGUACCUCUCAGUAAGAUUGAACCUAUCUACAGGGAGGAAGAGGAGGCGCUGCGAACCUGGUUCCUCAAGACGCCCAUCAUGAAGAAGCGAGCCAAGUACCUGGAGGAGGAGCUGGAGGCGCAGGGUCUUAAGGGUAAGGGCGCCAAGAAGCUCCAACAAAACAAACCCAAAGGCAAAAAGGGAAAGAAAAAGAAGAAAAAGUAACAACUUGAACUGUAAAAAAUAUACGAGAGUAAAAUAAAACUUUUUUAAGGCAGUUUUGUUGUCUCUU